GGCAAACCUGGGGACAGUGUCUCCCUGAGCUGAGGUGUUCCAAAGGUGAAGGCUGAAGAGAGUUCCAUACCCUGCCAAUCUUCUCCUACAGCUCACAGAGAGAUAACUGGAGAGCUAUGCAUUUUGUCUUCUACUUGGGUGUCCUUACUGGGACAUUCUACUCUGUUCACUCACUGACACAGAUAGAAGAUGAAGCUCCCUACUUGGUAUACCUCAGGUCUCACUUCAACCCCUGUGUGGGUGUCCUCAUCAAAAGCAACUGGGUACUAGCCCCAUCACAUUGCUACUUACCAAAUCUAAAAGUGAUGCUGGGGAAUUUCAAGGUCAGAGUGAGAGAUGGGACAGAGCAGAUCAUCAGCCCCAUCCAAAUCAUUCGCUACUGGAACUUCAGUCAUAGCAACCCCCAGGAUGACCUCAUGCUCAUCAAGCUGUCUAAGCCUGCUGAAUUCAACCCCAAGGUGCAGCCUAUUCCCUUGGCCACCAGUGAUGUCCGGCCAGGCACCAUGUGUCUGCUCUCCGGUUUAGACUGGAGCCAAAGCAACAAUGGCCGACACCCUGACUUAAGGCAGAACCUGGAGGCCCCUGUGAUGACUGACAAAGACUGCCAAAAGACUGAACAGGGCAAAAUGCACAGGAACUCCUUAUGUGUCAAAUUUGUGAAAGUAUUCAGCCGAAUUUUUGGGGAGGUGGCCGUCGCUACUGUCAUCUGCAAAAACAAGCUCCAAGGGAUCGAGGUUGGACAUUUCAUGGGAGGAGAUGUUGGCAUCUACACCAAUGUCUACAAAUAUAUACACUGGAUUGAAGACAUCACUAAAGAAAAAUGAGACAUCUCUGUCCCCUCUACAACACAUCAUUUCUUCAUGUUGCUAAUUUCCUCAAACUUCAAAUAAUACAGUUCAUCCAGACAAAAAUCAUUGGAUGCAACACA